AUGAUGUUUAAGGAGCAGACUAUGAUGUAUCUUAAUCAUCCAAACAUUGUAUCAAUAAAGGAAGUCAUUUCGAAGAAUGGACGCAUUUACAUUGUGAUGGAGCAAAUGGGCAACAAUUUAUGUACUUGUAUUGAACGAUUCAAGCAUCUACUAUCUGAAGACCAAGUGCGAAAUAUUCUGUUUAUCUUUGUUCAACCUGAUCACUAUAGGUUUCAGAUUCUGCAAGGCGUUGCUUAUCUCCACAGCCACAACAUUUUUCAUCGUGAUAUUAAACCUGAAAAUCUUCUCUUAAAAGGAGAUGUGAUCAAAAUCGCAGACUUCGGUCUUGCUCGUGAGAUGGAUAGUCGUCCGCCUUACACCGACUAUAUAGCUACACGAUGGUAUUUCUAUGUCUCUGCAUUACUCAGAUCUAGGUAUCGUGCCCCCGAAAUUCUAUUACGUUCAGAUCAUUACAACCAAGCCGUAGAUUUAUGGGCCGUUGGAUGCAUCAUGGCGGAAAUCAUCACGUGCAGUCCUCUGUUUCCUGGAAAGAGCGAAGAGGACCAGAUCUAUAAGAUCUGCACUGUUCUUGGAACGCCGACGAAAGAAAUAUGGGAAGAAGGAAUUGUUUUAGCGAAUCGGCUUCAUUUCCAAUUUCCUCAGUUCAAACCUCUAAAUCUAAAGUCUUACUUUCCUCACGCGAGUCAGAAGGCAGUCGAUUUGAUUUCUGCUCUUCUCUCAUGGAACCCUCUAUCUAGACCUUCAGCUGUGGAAGCGUUACAGUUUCCUUUUUUUGUUGACGCCUAUUCUCCUUUCUGA